UAGAUAAAAUUAACCAAUGAUACUUUAGCUUUAUAAUAUAUUCCGAUUCAGAUAUUUUUGUUGUUAUUCAAUGGCGUCGAAUUCUAUACGCAACAUAACCUAGAAUAUUCGAUUAAUAUUUGUAAACUGGAUAAGUAUAUUGUUUUGUGGUUGCUGAAUAAAUUCUUACAAAAAUGAAGAAUUCGCCACAUCAAACUUUAGUCAAAGCUGGUGAUCGAGAUGGGUUAAAAGAACUAUUACGGCGCCGACUAGUUGAAUGUGGCUGGAGAGACGAAGUAAAACUGAUAUGUAAGGAGAUCAUCAAGGAAAAUGGCCAAGAUAUCACAUAUGAUGCUCUUUUAGCAAUGGUAACACAGAGAGCAAGGAGCCGGGUGCCAGAUAUUGUAAAAAAGGAACUCUUGCAAAAAAUUAAGACACAGCUUUUGGCACAAGAAGAAAAAUUGAGCAAAAUGUGAUAUUUA